CAUAUCAGAGUCAUCUUAAGAUUGCUAGGUGAGACAACAACAUAUCAGAGUCAUCUUAAGAUAGCUAGGUGAGACAACCACAUAUCACAGUCAAAUUUACAGGAUACGAACAUUUAAUUCCAGUUUAACAAUGUGUGUAUAUAUAUAGUGUUUAGCAAAUAACCAUAAUUUACACAUCUUUAAAAUCUGUGAAUUAAAAAAUCUGACAACAGUAAUAUUUUACACACAUGAAGCAAUCAUUUCUGAUGAAAAAACACAUGGGAAAUAUUGGUGGAUGUAGUGUUUUUGAAAUAAAGUCUUCAUGUGUAAAUCAGUGUCUUUGUUUCUGUUGUGAUUCACUCUAUGUUCUCAAAACACACUCUGACACUGCAUAGAGUGGGCCGGAUAACACACACGCACGCAACACACGCACACACACAUCUCCCUCAUUGUUUUUAGCGAGUGAGAUAACCAAGCACGCCUCCAGUAAGGAGCUGGAAACUGUAGCCUUGCCAAAUACCACACAGUGAUACGUGCCUGUGUGCUAGCUUAGGCCUGCAGUGGAGGGACAGUUGAUUGUCUCUGUAGCCUGGAGUCAUGUUAAACUCUUGUCUGGUGUGUGCAGGCUGCCCAGUGUUUUGACCUCCAUCCAGACCAGUGGUUGGAAUGGGCAUCGGAGCUGGAAGAGUACACUAUUAUUGUACCAUAGAGAUGAUUAGAGAUGACAGCUUCUUCCUCUUCUACUCCCUACUCUCUCUCUUCUCCUCUCUCUUCCCCCUCUCUCUGUCUUCUUCUCUUCCUCUUUCUCUUUCUUUCUCUCUUUCUUUGGUGCUUACACAAGCAGAGAUCAAUCCCCUUUUCGUCAAUACCUCCACAGAGUUAAUGCGUCUCAUUGAGUGAGACUGGAGCCUAAUUCACUGGGCUUUAUCGACUGUGGCCUGGCAGGAGGGCUGAAAUAGAAUGGUGAGGGCCUGGUCUGUCAAUGAGCUCCUCUUAUUUCCCCUACCACCCACUGUCCCCUCUGUCUCCCUCCGCAGUGAUGAUGGUAAUGGUGUUGAAUCUGCCAUCAGCUGAUACUGACCUGACAGGCAGACAGGCAGUUCUCUGGCUCCAUCUCUUUAAUGGAGGAUCUUUCUCCUCUGACAGAACAGCUUCCUUCUCUCUGAAAGACUGACAGUCCACCUGAUCAACCGUCUGUCAAUCUUAAUUUCUUAAUGAUAUUUUUUUUUAAAGGCUGUAGAUAAAUAUUGCUCUCUGACACACACGUGCGCGCACACACACACAUAAAAUUCAUUUUCAUUCAAAAUCCUAUUUUACCUAACCCUAACCUUGACCAUUAACCCCUAAACCUAAUUCUAAACCUAACCCUAAAUGAAUUAAUAAAUGCUUACAAUUCCUCUUUAUGGAAUUAGACCUAAAAUUAAUUUCUCUGAGAUAAAUGUCUUCAUCAUUACUGUGUGUGUGUUUGCGUGCAAUGCAUGCAUCUAUCUGUGUGUUUUUUGGCAUGCUUAUAAGAGUGUAUAAUGCCGUUGUAAUGCAGUAGUAAACAGAAGGUUAUUAUACAUGUGGAGGUUUAUCUCAUACAGCUGCAGCACUAAGGCAGAGCACACAGCAGACAUAUUACUAUGGCUUCCUGCUCAUGCAUAUCAAGUGUUAUGAGCUAUGAGACCACAUCUCUCACUCUCUCCCUGUCUCUCUCACUCUAUCGAUUUCAAUUCAAUUUCAAUUUAUGGUGCUUUAUUGGCAUAGGAAACAUAUGUUUACAUUGCCAAAGCAAGUGAAAUAGAUAUUAAACAAAGUGAAAUAAACAAUACAAAAAUAACAGUAAACAUUACACUUGAGAGAGAGAGAUUUUUUCUGCCUGUCUUUGUGAAACGGAGAAGAGUAAGGUAUUCUCGUUCACCAGGGACCCUGGAGCCACUGACCUGAACUACAGCUACCAGAGUGUGUUUGUGUGAGAGAGAGCCUGUCAGAGUAAUUGAUGUGUGAGCGUGUGCCUGUAUGGGUAAGCAGCAGUAGCCUGCUAGAGCAAUUUGUGUGUGUGUGUGCACCCAUUCACGGCUCUUAUCAGCUGAACAGUACACACAGCGGUAGGGUAGGAGGGGGUUGAGGGAGCAGUAUGUGGGGCAUUCUCAGGUGAGCAGUGCUGUAAUUGGAGGCUAAGCUUUGAUACUCUGACUCUGUGACACCGGCAUGUGUGUGUGAUACCGGUGUCAGAGAACACAUGACAGGAGGAAGUGACACAUCUCUACUCGCGCUCUCCGAUUUCCUGAAGCCUCUCUGGUGGAACGCUGUACGGACCCAAAUCUAAGCCGACCUCCCCUCUCCUCUCUCUUCACCUCUGAUCCUGUAGUCCAAGCCUAUCUGUAUACCUACAGACACAGGACUGUGAACGACCUGCAGUGGAUGCUUGUAUUGAGAGAACUGAGCGAUACUUGGACUGUGAGCUUUAGUGGUGUGUGUCCAUAUACUGAGCUACCAAGGGACUGGCUGUGGAUGCAGAGUGGGUGUGAAGAGCUCUAGGACUGAGCAUUGUGAACAGUGUGUGUUGCUGAAUGCCUCUACAGGCAGAGAAUCCCCCCCUUGGGAACAAUCAGAUUUCCUCCUGCGGCUCUGCUGGGUGUCUAUAGGCAGCCGAGGGCUCGUAUUUAACUCCUAAAUGACUGGCAGCAACAGCAUGAGCAGCGGCUACUGCAGUCUGGACGAGGAGGGCGAAGACUUCACCUUCUUCACCGCAAAGACCACCUUCUUCCGCCAGCCCAAAAAGCUGGUUAAGAAUGAGGUCAGAGAGGAACAGGAGGCAGGGCCCAAGGCUCUGUCAGAGAAAGAGGUGCGGGCCAGGAUAGAGGACUACAACUCUAACGUCUCAGAGAAUGGCAUGAAACUGGCUGCUGAUGGUUUGUACACUGGCUUCAUUAAGGUCCACCUCAGGCUGAGUCGGCCAGUCACGGUGCUUGCUGUGGAGGGUGCGGGAUUAGAGGAACAGUCAGGCAAGCCAGACAGACGCGGUCGGCCAAUGACGGUGUCAGAGGGCCAGGAGGGGGAGGGAGCGGGGUUGAGUGACAAGCGGACGUCGUUCUACCUUCCCAGUGACUGUGCGAAGCAACUCCACAUUAGUAGUACUACCACGGUCAGGGAGGUCAUACAGGGCCUGCUGAAGAAAUUUAUGGUGCUGGAUAACCCACGCAAGUUUGCCCUGUACAGACAGACACACCGCGAUGGACAGGAUCUGUUCCAGAAACUUCCUCUGGUGGAGUGUCCUCUCUCUCUGAGACUGGUGGCAGGGCCAGACCCUGAGCUGCUCAGCUUUGUCCUCAAGGAGAACGAGACUGGAGAGGUUGAGUGGCAUGCGUUUUCAGUUCCUGAGCUGCAGAACUUCCUGGUGAUUCUGGAGAAGGAGGAGACUGAGCGUGUGCGAUUGGUGGAGCAGAGAUUCACAGCUUACCGACAGAUAUUGCAGAAGGCACUAUGCGAGCAUCAACCCUGAUCCCUCACCCUUGAUCCCUCAUCCCUAAUCUCUCACCCUGACCCCUCAACCCUCACCCUUCUGUUGACCCAGGGAGAGACAGGAGACCACUGAAGCUCACAGACUACUAUUCUCCCCUCAUUACACGGUCAGCCCCCCUCCAUCCCUCCCUCCUCACCCCCCCUUAAGAAGAGAGGAGGGGUUGAGAAAGCAUGGAAAGGGAAAAGGGGACUGAUUAACGGGCGAGUGGGCAGGAUUUUGGAACAUAAUCAGUGUUUCCCUGGGAGGUGAAAGACACGCUGAUCUGACAGACCCUGUGACUUCAUUGGGCUCAGAUAUCUCAUUUUGGUCUGACAAUGUGACCUGAUGAGUCUUCUAAUGUUACAUUGAAUCUCCGUUUGGUCUGAUUAUGUUUUUAAGAUUAUACUGCUGCUACUGCUACUGCAAGUGUUACUUAUUUACUUACUUAUGUAUUUACUAAGGCAUGAGUCUCACCCUGCUCUAUCUGCCCCAGCGCCCCUGCAUAAAGAUUCAGAUGGACUAGAACAGACAUUACCAUUCAAAACAACGCUCCAAACAACGCUCCAGGGACCAUUUGGAAUGUUCCAUUACUUGAUGUUUACGAUAUCAACUCUCAGGUUGUCCCUGCAUGCCUUCUGUCCAGGGUCGAGGGUAGGAGACGGGUGGGUAUGCUUGGGUUGGGAUGCUGGGGUAAAGCUAUGUUCGUCUUCAUCUUCAGACUCCUCUCAUAUCAGUCCCAGGGAUGUACACCAGUGUUUCUCAUAGAACUGCUCUGCUGAGCUAAGGAGGCAACAGAAGAAGACCUGAGCUCUCUAUCCUAAUUUAUUUAAUCAGCGCUGGAAUAACCCCUCUAUCUCAGGCGGCUAACUUUCACUUAAUCCUGCAUCUCCAUCUACAUGGGUAACCAUGCUAGUGUGGGAGGUGUUGUGCAGAUAGACGUGUAUAUCAUAAAUAGAUGCUAUUCCCAUAGACACUAGUCUCUUCAGAUAGACAUUGAGUACCCUGACUGCAUUCACAUAAACAGAGACAUAGGCCUUCUGUACCCAUUAUUCAUUCACCCAUCCUACAGAAGCUAUGUCUUCUGUACCUGUUAUUCAUUCACCCAUCCUACAGAAGCUAUGUCUUCUGUACCUGUUAUUCAUUCACCCAUCCUACAGAAGCUAUGUCUUCUGUACCCGUUAUUCAUUCACCCAUCCUACAGAAGCUAUGUCUUCUGUACCCGUUAUUCAUUCACCCAUCCUACAGAAGCUAUGUCUUCUGUACCUGUUAUUCAUUCACCCAUCCUACAGAAGCUAUGUCUUCUGUACCCGUUAUUCAUUCACCCAUCCUACAGAAGCAUACCGUAUGUAAACGAUCAGUCGAUUCCUUCAUUGCAUGAAUCGUCUGCUGGUGUUUAAGGCAUUUACAAACAGUUGAUGUUUUGACUCUUCAUAUACACGUCACCCUUCCCUCAUCAAUAACCCAUGACCUUUAUCUCCUGACCCCUAACCUGGAAAUGUACAUUUCUCCUGAUGGGAGACUGCUUUGCUGCUGUUCCCAGUGUCUGUGGAGAAGGUAUGCAGCUGUAGCUACUGUUGUUAGAGGCCUGUUAGAGCCAGCCACUCUGUGCUGCUGUGACAGGCCCCUGAAGCCCUGCUACUGAGCCGACUGUUACAGGACCGAGUGAAUGAGGAACUGAUGCUCAAACACUGAUUGAGGGUCAAAAGGUCAUCUGCCAGGAGUUAUUCCUGGUCAGUUCAUGUAGUUAGGAAAAACUCCUGUUCCUAUAGUUCAUUGAGCUGAGAAACCCCAUUCUGGUGAUCACACCAAAGUUAAGAGGGACAGGGGCAGUGGGAUAUGCCUGACUGAAAAGAUGACGUAUUGUAGGAAAAAAGUUUUUUGCACACUGAUUCUGGCCACAGAUUGGUCUGCCAGUCUGUAUAGUAUCCUAGAGAAGGAGCAUGAAAUUAGGGAUUUUUAAAAUAUAAUUUAAGGGAAUUUGAUCAUACAAUUAAUGUUUAUCUGAGUGUGAUGCAUAUGUAUAUAUGUAAACAUUGGAGGACAAAUUAUUAUUAUUGAUUAUAACUAUUGUUAGUUGAAUUUGUGUGUCUGGGCUGAAGAUAAUAGUAUAAAUGUUAUAUGAUAGUUCAUAUCUAUGUAUUCCAGUCUCUCUCAUCGUCCAAAAGCACAUGCCUUCCUGAUGCCGAGAGUCCCUUCAUCAACCCUGUUUUAUUCCUGCCCUCACAGGGCUUAUAGAAGCCACACAAACAGAUCUGAGACCAGACUACAUGUCAACGAUGGAACCCUUAAGAUUGUGUGUGUGUCUUUGUGUGCUUACAUCUGCGUGUGUAUUAUUUAUUUUAUGGUUCACCCCUUUCGGCAUGGUGUUAAGUGUCAGAGGAUGUGGGCAAUCAAUGCUUUCCAAUAAUCUCUUAGUUUGGUUUAUCUGAAUAAUCAGAUGUGUAUAUAGAUAUCUGUAAAGCUGUAUAGAAAAUGAAGAAUGAAAUAAAUGUCAUCCUUUAA